AUGGCUUCGACUAGGCUCACUGUGCCCACUGAGAUGCAGAAUGCAGCGCGGACACUGUUCGAAAAGUAUCGAAGCAACGAAUGCCGACAGCAGCACGAAUCAAUGUGCAGACCUCAGGAAGCCGCUUCCAAAUAUGCCGUUGGUGAGAAGGUGUGCAUAAGACCAUCUGAGAACAAAACCAUCGAGCCGUGGUGCCUGGUCGCUACCCUUGCCGAGUCAAAGUGCUUUACGGCAGGAGAGAACCGUCAAUUCCGUCCUAUGGUUCUUGUGCGUGUCUCAUCGGACGGCAGUCGGAUCAUUGAAAGGGCCGGAUUUCAAGAAGAGAAACCUCUCGCACUCAGGAUUGCGCCGCUAUACAGUGUUGGCUCAAGUCUUCUGACCUCAAGUUGUGGGAUGGAAUCCACAGUCCUUAUUGAAGAACGGUGUUGGUUGAGCUCGAAAUACCGUGGUGGGCCGGACUGGGCGUACAAAGUCCGAGGCCAGCCUGAUAAAUGGAUGCCGGAAGGCGUGUUGCGUCCAAAGGAAGAACCUCCAAAAGAUCAGACCCACAGUGAAGCAACUCCACAGCCUACAGCCGAGUCAGCGGCCAACGAAGGCACGCAAGGAUCCUGCGGCGCACAGAUCUUCCCUGAAGAAGCGUCGCAGAAGACCGACAGGGUGGGCGAUCUCAUCGCGGGAGCAGACACGCACAAGCCGACUGCAGCCAAAUUCGACAAGGACAAAGCGGAUAAGCUGAAGGUACAGAUGGAUGAUCUGGGUAUCGAGAAGACCGACCUGGAGGAACAAAUGCAAGGCUAUAGUAAGGAGAGGGCGAAGUUGGAGGAGAAGGUGGCGAUACUGAAAGUCCAGGAAGAUGUUCUUUCCCAGAUACUGGCCGCAUUAAAGGAGAAAGCGGCAAAAACUACCGAAGAAGCCGAGGAUAUGGAAGCACUGGCCUCAACUGCGACUGAAGCGUCGACGGAGCUUUCCCAUGCCGCAAAGCGACGACGGGUUGAGUGA